AGUUAGUUAAUAGGUCCCCAAAUUUUGCAUAAAAGACUGAGAUCCUUGCUUUACUUUUAUCAAACAGCAAACGGAAAGACAAAGAGUAAAUAAAAUUACUUUGGAAUGAUUGUGUUAAUUUUGACCAGUUUGUUUAUCUCACUUAAUGUCAUGGAAAUGAGUACAGGUAUAGCAAUUGGAUCUCUUGGGAUGCCAGGUAAACGUAUCGUUAAUGGCCAGAAUGCUAGUAUGUUCGAAAUUCCAUAUCAAACUCAGCUUCAAAUAAGAUUUUACGGCGUUUGGAGACAAUGGUGUGGAGGAGUUUUGGUCACUCCUAAUAAAGUUUUUACUGCUGCCCAUUGCCUGGACGAUACGACGGCUGACAAUUAUCGCGUGGUUGUCGGGGCGAUUAACUUAUACGGACCAUCCAACGAGUACGAACAAACCCACUAUGUCUCCAGAAUCGACACCUAUGAACCUAUUACAAGAGAGAUAACAGUGACGGAUCCCCAUGACAUUGCUGUAAUCACACUGGCCACCUCUGCUACACUGAACAGGAAUGUGCAGCUUGCCAGAUUAUCAAAAAAUGUUAAAACAAAACCCGCAUCACAAUGCAUGAUGAGCGGAUGGGGAUACACCAACCUCUCUCUACCAAAACCAAACACACUACAGAAAGCAUUCAUUGUUGUAGUGCCCGAUUACGUCUGCAGCGGUGCUUAUCCUGUGGCCAAAGCAGUCAUGGAAGCAGGACUAUUCAUCUGUGUCUAUAACUAUAUAGGGCCAUCUAUAACAAGAUCUAUUCCGUGUAAGGCAGACAGUGGCGGCCCCUUGAUGUGUGGACCGAACAAAGACGAGCUUGUUGGAGUACUUAGUCGAGGGCCUAAAGAUUGCGUUGGCAACGCCCCUGCUUUGUAUGUGAAUAUCUCUGCAUACCGAGACUGGCUGGCAGAUAAAUUGUAAACAUUUUGUUUUUCAGUCUAAAAAUAAAAACUUUAUUUCUUUCAUACU